UAACAUCCUCGGGCGCAAUUUAGGCGACGCGAGCCCUCGCCUCUGCCUCGCCCGUAGCUGCCCUUACGCCUUUUCCGCGGCGCAGUCGGGCAACGCCGGCACUCUCCGCCGUAGCCGGCGCUGUGAAUCGCCGCAGCGAAGGCGGCCGCGCCCCGUCCCUCGGCCGCGUAUCCCUGCGCUCCGGCGGGGGAGGAAGAGGAGGAAGACGAAGAAGAGGGGGAAGGAGGAGGAGAAGCGCAGCGCGCGUGCGCCGUCGCGUGUGGCGCGCGCGCGUGUGUGUGUGUGUAGUGGGGCGGCCCGUCCCGUCCCGUCAGCUGGUCCGUCUCCGUCUCCUCGUCUCUCUCUCUCGCCGCCGCCAUGAAGUUCGUCUACAAGGAGGAGCAUCCCUUCGAGAAGCGCCGCUCCGAGGGCGAGAAGAUCCGAAAGAAGUACCCGGACCGGGUCCCGGUCAUUGUGGAGAAAGCGCCCAAGGCUCGGAUAGGAGACCUGGACAAGAAGAAAUACCUUGUCCCUUCAGACCUCACGGUUGGGCAGUUCUACUUCCUGAUCCGGAAAAGAAUCCACCUUCGAGCUGAGGACGCGCUCUUCUUCUUCGUUAACAACGUCAUCCCCCCGACCAGCGCCACCAUGGGGCAGCUCUACCAGGAACAUCACGAGGAGGAUUUCUUCCUUUACAUUGCCUACAGUGACGAGAGCGUCUAUGGCAGCAUGUAAGGCGUGCCUCCAUCUGCCAUCACCAGGGGGCACCGUGCUCCUGAAGGGACCUGCACUUUUUGUUGUUGUUGUUGAUUUUAUGUUAAAGAGCCUUUUGUCCCAGGAAAGGGGAGGGUGGGUGGUUUCCCCUUUUCUUCUUUCUUGAGUGCGCCUUUCUCAUCCUUUUAACCUCCUUCCAUUAUGCCUAAUCACACUUCUCCCCCCCCCCCGCUCUGGGCUUUCUUUGAGGUGGUUGUGGCUAAAGAAAAUACCUCUUUCCUUUUGGCAUUCUUGUUCUCUCCUUCCCACAUACCUUUUCUUUUUUCUCCCUGGGUCUUUGUUUUUCUUUUUGAAGGGGUAGGAGGUCUCAAAUUCUCAACAAAAAACCAAGUUCCUCCCCCAUUUCAGUCUUGCAACUUCACUACCAUGCCCUGAGUUUGCUCCUAUCAGGGCUGUGCUCAGCCUGGCAGUUUCUGUAACCAGAGGGGAUGGGGGAAUGCUAAUUAAAAUAUAUAUAAGGAGAAA